CGACGCAGCCCUCUGUCUUCCCGCCCCGCCGAGCCACGGGAACCCGGAAAGGCCGGGCAGAUGGCUCCGCCUCUGGCGCGACUUACGAUGGGAUCGCGGGGCAGGGAUAGGGGCCAGCAGAUGGACCUGGUAGUCAGCAACAGAGCGGCAUGGAGACGUCCCGGGGGAGCACCAGCGCGGAGCCGAGCUGGUACGUCUCGGUCCAGCAGCCUGAAGACGCGGAGGCGGAGGCGGAGGCGGGAGAGUUGAGUCCGUUGCUAAGCAACGAACUUCACAGACAGGGAUCUUCAGGUGUUUCAUUUGGUUUCUCAGUGUUUAAUUUGAUGAACGCCAUCAUGGGAAGUGGCAUCCUUGGCUUAGCAUAUGUUAUGGCUAAUACUGGUAUCCUUGGAUUUAGUUUCUUGCUGCUGAUAGUUGCUCUCCUGGCUUCUUACUCAGUCCAUCUUCUGCUUAGUAUGUGUAUUCAGACUGCUGUAACAUCUUAUGAAGAUCUUGGCCUCUUUGCAUUUGGAUUACCUGGAAAGGUGGUGGUGGCAGGCAUCAUAAUAAUUCAGAAUAUUGGAGCUAUGUCAUCUUAUCUUUUAAUUAUUAAAAGAGAGCUUCCUGCUGCUAUCUCAGAAUUUCUAACUGGGGACUACACUGGGUCUUGGUACCUUGAUGGACCAACGCUCCUAAUAAUUAUUUGUGUUGGUGUCGUCUUCCCUCUUGCACUUCUUCCCAAAAUCGGCUUUCUUGGCUACACAAGUAGUUUAUCAUUUUUCUUUAUGGUGUUCUUUGCUCUUGUGAUAAUAAUUAAAAAAUGGUCCAUCCCUUGUCCACUGGCAUCAAAUCACUUAAAGGAAUGCUUCCAGAUUCCAAAUGCUACAGAUGAUUGUAAACCAGAGCUCUUUCAUUUCUCCAAAGAGAGUGCUUACGCCAUACCAACCAUGGCUUUUUCCUUUCUCUGUCAUACCUCAGUCUUACCCAUAUACUGUGAACUUCAAAGCCCUUCAAAGAAAAGAAUGCAAAAUGUAACCAAUACAGCCAUUGCUUUAAGUUUUCUCAUUUAUUUUAUAUCUGCGCUCUUUGGGUACCUUACUUUUUAUGACAAAGUGGAGUCAGAAUUACUCCAAGGUUAUAGUAAGUACUUGCCACACGAUGUUGUCAUCAUGACUGUGAAGCUGGGCAUCCUAUUCGCUGUGCUUCUGACAGUCCCGCUAAUCCACUUCCCAGCCAGGAAAGCUUUAAUGAUGAUACUUUUUUCCAAUUCCCCAUUCUCAUGGAUUCGCCAUUCUUUGAUCACUCUAGCACUCAAUGUUGUCAUCGUUUUACUUGCAAUAUAUGUUCCUGACAUUAGAAAUGUAUUUGGUGUAGUUGGUGCCAGUACAUCAACGUGUUUGAUUUUUAUAUUCCCAGGAUUAUUUUAUCUUAAACUUAGCAGAGAAGAUUUUCUCUCAUGGAAAAAGUUUGGGGCAUUCCUUCUGCUCAUCUUUGGAAUUUUGGUUGGGAAUUUUAGUUUAGCACUCAUCAUUUUUGAUUGGAUUAACAAAUGAAAGAAAUACUUUUCUACUUUUUAUAAAAAAUAAU